AUGAACGACUCCUCUGAUUCGGAAUACGAGGAUACGGAAUUCCUGGUUUACGGAGACUUUAAGAACAACAUUCCGGCGCAGCAGCUCAAGCAUGAGAAUGCGGCAAUAAAGAUCAUCGGCAUCGAGAGCGACACUCCCAUGGCGGAAGUAAAUGGGAACUUUUACAAAGGUCACUACGAGCAGUCAGUGGGAACUCUCUUAUUUUUCGAUAAAGACAAGGAUAACGUGGUCAGCGAUCCGCUGUACGAGUCCACCUGUCGCCAGCGGUUCAAAUACGUCGACAAGUCCACAAAGAUUAUAACCUUCGAGCGCACAUACAUUGAGAACUCUCUCUUGGAUGCCGGCAAGUCGUCUAAAAGCGAGGAGACUGAUCAGCCGAACGCCGAAAAACCAUCUCUUAAGUUAAAUAUAAAUUACAAAGAAGCUAUUAACAAGUUUGGGGAGGAGACUUAGGCGGCGUCAUGGAAGGGGACUCUUCGGUAGCCACAACCCCCAUAGAUCUGCGGAAGUUUCUUGAGGAUUAUCAAAAUAAAUUGUCACCCACUGCUACCGAAACGCCGUUCUUCCUGGAAUCUAACCCUAUGCUCGUGGACGUGAGCGAAGGUUGUUCUCUGGAUCAGAUUGCAUCACCGGAGGAUACCUCAAUAUCCGUAUUUCAACCAGGUGCCGAAUUCUCACGAACCACCUUUCAACCGCAGGAGGGCCAAAAGUUACCCAGAACAUUCACCGCACUGGCCCAGCAAAAAUCCCGAUCUCGUAAAUGUUCUUUUGGGCGCACACCGUACACCUAUAAGUUAAAUACUCUCCCUCUGGUGGAAAGUGAUCUUUCCCUGCAAAAUAACUGGGAACUGGAGCUGACGAUUCGCCUGUACAGGCCACCCCGCGCUUCGCACAGGGGCUUCAAGGUGGAAAGCCCUGUCUUCGCAGAGGAGUACGUUUGCCUGGGGAGCAACCUCCUAACAGAGCUACGUGACAAAAUAAGCUGCAUUUGCAAAGGGAAACGCUUCGUGGACAUCAGCAGCAAUCCGGAUGCUCCACUUCCGACCAUCACAUCCAAUUCUGGGUACUUCUUCAUCAACAACACUUUCUACAAUGACAUGCGGAAUCCCGAGAACUGCGACUACUCGGCCACGGUGAUACGGUGGGCAGGCGCUGCAGAUGUCGUUCAGCGCGAACCAUUCAAAGUAGAGAACAUGGAGGGAAAGCGUUUCAUCGAUCUCACCGUGACUCCCGGAUCUCCGCUUCACUACCUGCAUCACGGAAACUGCGAGCAUCUCUUUGUUGUGUCGCAAGUCGAGGUACUUACGCCAAGCAGCAAACGGCCCGAUCGCAGUGUUUAUCCCUAUCCGCGCUCCAUUAACGUCUUCAACCGAAGGACCUGCUACAUGUGCGGCUUGCGAAGCUUUCACUUCAUUGUGGAACAGUCGCGACGGCAGCUGCACGAUCCCUCCUACCUGUGUCGCAGCUGCUUUCUCAGUUUUCACUAUGUGGACGGCCAAAAAGUUGGCCACUUCAAGGCUUAUCGCAUAUAUGAGCAUUCGGAGGAGAAAAGUGAGAACGACGAGGAAGUACCUAUAAGAGAAACUGAUGAAAAUGACAACAACGAGAUCAUAUUGGACUGAACAGGCUCCUCUCAGGCUAGAUUUAAAACAAUAGCUGAUAGUUUAGGUAAAAUACCUAUUGAACGACCCUCGUAUUUUAUUGUAAAAUAUUUUUAGAUAAAAUACAAUAAUUUAAAUAAAAUACAUACACAUUGCAACAAGA